GCAGCAUCACAGCAGCUCCGUCAGUGCUGAGAAAUCGAAGCCGACCUCAAGCUGCAGAACAAAAACUGGAGCUGAGGGAGAUACACGGGAGGAGGAAGAGGAGAACCGAAGAGAGUGAAGACUGAAAGGAAAGAUGAUUCACUCAAAUCACUCCACCCACUCUGUGUUCUGCUGCUGCUGUGCUGUUCAAACCAGGGAGAUCAGCACACGCAUGGAGUUGGAGGGCAGAACUUCUCUGUGCUUCCAAGGCAGACGAUACCCCGGAAAUGCCAGACGGGUCGACCGGUCCAGGAAAAAGCUUCCUCUACCUCCACCAGAGAACGGCGAAGGUGAGGGCUCGCUGAACGUCAUUGCAAUGUACGACUUCACUGCCAAGGAGGACACUGACCUCACUAUUAAACAGGGGGAGGAGUAUGUCAUCCUCCACAAGCAGGACCAGCUGUGGUGGAGGGCGGAGGACAGACACGGGAAUAAAGGCUUCAUUCCCAGUAACUACGUAACAGAGAAAAACAGAAUUGAGGCAAACUCGUGGUACUGCAAGAACAUAACCAGAACAGAAGCUGAACAGCUGCUGAAACAGCAGGACAAAGAAGGUGGUUUUAUUGUGCGGGAGUCCAGUAAACAAGGAACCUAUACUGUUUCUGUUUAUACAAAGACAAUAAGUCCAAAUGGAGAUAUUAGACAUUACCAGAUUAAAAUAACGGAUACUGGACAGUUCUACCUGGCUGAAAAACACACCUUCAGCUCCAUACCAGAUGUUAUACACUACCAUGAGCACAAUGCAGCAGGUCUUGUGACCCGGUUACGGUAUUCUGUGGGACCAAUGGGAAGGUGUGUACCAGCCACAGCAGGAUUCAGCUCAGAGAAGUGGGAGAUCAAUCCCAGUGAGCUGACCUUCAUGAAGGAACUGGGCAGUGGCCAGUUUGGAGUGGUAAAACUCGGCAAGUGGAGGGACCAGCAGAAAGUGGCCAUCAAGGCCAUCAGAGAGGGAUCCAUGUAUGAGGAGGACUUCAUCGAGGAGGCCAAAGUUAUGAUGAGGCUGUGCCACCCCAAACUGGUUCAGUUGUAUGGUGUUUGCUUAAAUCAGCGCCCCCUGCUGAUCGUGGCUGAGUGCAUGGACAAUGGCUGCCUGCUGAAUUACCUGCGGCAGAUGGGCAGGACUCUGAAGGACGCGUGGCUUCUGUCCAUGUGCCAGGAUGUCUGUGAGGGGAUGGAGUACCUGGAAGCUCACAACUUCAUCCACAGAGACCUGGCGGCCAGGAACUGUCUGGUCAACGAGCACAACGUGGUGAAGGUCAGCGACUUCGGGAUGACCAGAUAUGUUCUGGACAACCAGUACACCAGCUCCAAUGGUGCCAAGUUCCCAGUGAAGUGGUCUCCUCCUGAGGUUCUCCACUACAGUAAAUACAGCAGUAAAUCAGACGUCUGGUCCUUUGGUGUGGUGAUGUGGGAGAUCUUCUCGCAGGGUCAAACGCCGUUCGAGAACCGCUCCAACUUGGAUGUAGUGAACGACAUCACCAAAGGGAUCCGCCUGUAUCGACCGCACCGCGCCUCUCAACCGCUGUACACCAUCAUGUACCGCUGCUGGCACGAGAAACCUCAGGGUCGGCCGGCGUUCACAGAAAUCCUGGAGGAAAUCAGAAAACUGGCAGAAAAUCCAGAUUAACACAAAGAUGUUAUUUAUUUUACCUCUGAAUAUCAAACUGUUCUUUGAACUCCUAUGUACAAAUAAAACAUGUUUUAUUGUUAUAAAUAUAUUUUUUGUAUAAAAAAAUGUUUACGUGUACUGAUGCUUUAAAUCAUUUAUUUAUUUUGAAAUAUAUAGUAAGACCAACAAGAGAUUGUACAUUUUAAACUCAACCUUUUGUUUGUGUUGAUUUUAUACAUAUGAAGCUUCUGUUUAUAUUAAUAUACAGACUGUGAAGUUCAAACUAAUAUCAAAGUUGUGUGUGGUGUGUUUAUAAAGCUUGAAUGAUCGAAUAAAUGGUGAUUUUGGGUA